UCUCUAUAGAGUUAAUGACGUGUCACUCGGAUAUGAAAACCCCUAAAUAACAUCCAAAAAAAAACUCGCCAUCGCAUCAAAAAGAAAGAGCCGCCGCUACUUUGCUCUCAACUGCCGGAAUACCCGCCGGAGCCGCCUGCAAGAUAAUUGCUUCGCCGCAGAUUUCUGUUAUUCUUUUCUUUCCAGUCAUUAUAAUGGUUAAUGCAACAAAAGGCGUCUUCAUUUCCUGUGACAUACCUAUGGCUCAAUAUAUCAUAAACAUGAAUGCUUCAAUGCCUUCAUGCGACAAGUUCAUAAUACAUGUCUUGGAUAGUACUCACAUGUUUGUUCAACCCCAUGUCGAGCUUAUGAUUCGGAGUCAAAUUGCAAAGUUUAGAGAAGACAAUACUUAUGUCAAGCCUUCUUGAUUUUAUUCAAUCUCGAUUUCAUCUUACCAAUAUAUGUUAUAUUAGUACUUUUGUUUAUUAUGUUCACACAUAUUGCUUAUUAGCUUUUUUGUUGUUGGCUCUGUUUUCACACAUUUUUGCAUGACUGUAGUGCAUUUUUUACUUUACGUGUUUA